UGUGGUCUUGUGAACUUGGCCAAAAUCAAUAUAAAAGCCAAACGCUGCAAACGGCAAUAAAGCAAAUUCAAUUGUGACUGCGGUUGUCAAACAAUUUUAGUGUGGCCUGUGUGUGCAGUAUCGAAUUUUUGCCAUAACUACUCCUGCUAAAAGCGAACGGACUUGUUUUUGUUUUAUUCAGAAUUCGCAAACAAGGCCGAGGCUGGGAACAAUUUUUGCUGUUUCACGGACGAAAGGGACCAGUACGGUACGGAACGGACGGAAAGAGCCACAUUAAAAUGGCUUUGAAUGGCUUUGGUCGGCGUGUCAGUGCGUCUGUCCUCUUAAUCGCCUUGUCGCUGCUCAGCGGACCGCUGAUCCUGCCGCCGGCAGCGGCGCAGCGUGACGAGAACUAUCCGCCGCCGGGCAUCCUGAAAAUGGCCAAGCCCUUCCACGACGCGUGUGUGGAGAAGACGGGCGUCUCCGAGGCUGCCAUUAAGGAGUUCAGUGAUGGGGAGAUUCACGAGGAUGAGAAGCUGAAGUGUUACAUGAACUGCUUUUUCCACGAGAUCGAAGUGGUGGACGACAAGGGGGAUGUGCAUCUGGAGAAGCUCUUCGCCACGGUUCCGCUUUCAAUGCGCGACAAACUAAUGAACAUGUCCAAGGACUGCGUUCAUCCCGAGGGCGAUACGCUGUGCCACAAGGCCUGGUGGUUCCAUCAGUGCUGGAAGAAGGCCGAUCCCAAGCACUACUUCUUGCCUUGAACACCUGGACGACCCUGUGCUCCGAUUCACAGUCACCCGUUGCCGACCCCGCGCUAUUUAUAUUGUAGUUUAGUUCUCUGAGUUUUUCAAUAGCUGUCGAGUAAUAAACGUAGGCGAGUUGUGCAUGCAA